AGAGUGGCGUACCUACAGCUGUGCCUGUAAACGCGAUUAUGUUUCGUCGCUGGCAAACCCAUUCAGUGCUUCUUACGGCACGAAGGAACUUGGUACUGUCGCUUCAAGCGUCCCGUCGCGGCAACACGCGUCCUCGCUCGCUCUUCCAAUCGCGUAUUCUCUUCGCCUCGCAGCGAGGAGGAAGUCGCGCAUAGGAUUUUUCGCAGUUUCGCCCGUGUUCUUGUCUUUCCGCUUCCGGAACCGCGUGCAGUGGAAUUAUUCUACCAGCGUUUCGAACGUUUGUGGAAAUAGGAGUUUUUGCGAGGAAAAAGAGAGAAGAGGAAAAGAAGAGAGAGAGAGGGAAAGGAAAAAAGAGGGUGCGUGCAGCACAACGCGCAGCUGUUUCUUCUUUUUUACGUGGGAUCGUAAAACAGUUUGGAGGGAGAAUAGUAGUUUCCGUGAUUAGAAAUUGUACGACGAAGAAGGACAAAAAUCGAGAAGAGUUGCCCUAGUUACCGGAAAUCGUGGCGAUCGUUUGGCUUAGCGUGCGCUUAACGACGAAUCAUCCUCGCUUCGUGAAACGUUGCCCACGUCGAAGGAAAUGGAUGGGGAUACGAGAACGCGAGAAUGACGGUUGAACGAUCGGGAGAAGGGAAGGAGAGUCGAUAGGCGAGCGGCGAAAGAGGAAGAAGGAUGGUGUACAGAGGCAGUUUACAGACGGACGAUCCCAGGGAUGCGCCGAGGCUCGUCAGGAUGUCGCCGCUGAGAAGCAGCAGGCCUGUGCCCGAUUCACGAGCAGUUCCCUCCGUUAAUAGCCCGGCGGUGUAUCACGGCCCGUUUGUGCCAGCAAUCGACGUUCAUCGGGCCAAAUUGAUCGAUGAAAGACGCUUGCCCCGUUGCGAAAGAGAGGUCGAGUCAAUGGAGAAGGUGAUUAUGAGGACGGCCGGGCUCAAGGUCGGGGCGCCAAGGCUGCGGAACAUCAGUCAGAUACGGGACACGGUGUUCGUGGAUCCGGCGCUCAUACCUAUGGAGAAGAUCGGCCGGGUGGAGAAGGAUCGGCCGAGAACAAUCGCGAUCGAAGGCGCGACCGGUAGAUCGUCCAGGGCUGCGAGCUCCAUGCUGGCCGAUUUGAAGGAUCUCGAGAGGUUGAGGAACACGCCCCCGGCUCAGAGGUAUCAGAGGGGGAUCGCGGGGGCGAAGAAGAACGAGGCGAGGUGUUCCGUCGCGGCUAGUAAAAAAUCGGAGAUCUCGAGUUCGGCCAAGAUCCGAUCGGAUAUCUUCAAGAUACAACAGAUGUUUCAAAGUCCAGAUAAUUGUCCGAGGACGGUGGUGAAAUGCUCGAGCGAGAAGAAGAUGGAGAAGAGGAGCGAGGGUGAGAGGAGGUCCGGGGGGGAAAUUAACAAGACGAGAUUGCUCGCUCAAAAAUUGUUGGAGGCGUCUCGAGGUAAUCGGGAGUCGUUGAAGGAUCGUUACAAUAAUCCGAGGAACGCGUCCAAGGUUGGUAAAAGCGCGUCGAGCAAGGCGUGCGCGCAGAAGAGCGGCGCGGAUCCGAAAAAGGGAUCCGAGAAAGGGAAAAGUGUCGUGGGAUCGGAGGAGAUGCACCCGCAACCUCCUAUUCGUAAGAGAAAAGAAACGAGGAACGGACGCGGCUGUGAAACGGAUAAAACUACGGUGGAGGAUCCCGGAAAGGAGGAUAAGAAAGAUACGGAGGGGAAUCGGAGGAGCGGCGAGAGCACAGCGAAAGAGAUGGAAACGUCGUCGAACGACGACGAGAAUUGUUCGAAUAACGGCGAUGAGUCAAAAGUGAGAACGAACGAGCUGAACAGGCCGGAUAUCCUGGACGGAUUGUUGAAGGAGUGCGAUCGGCAAAUGGAAGACUUGAAGUCGGAUAUGCACGAGAGAAGGAGAUCGCGAAGCCACUGGAGAGGAUUCGUGCAAUCGAUGAGGCUGCACGACGUCGAGCUUCAUUCGGACACCGAGGAUCAACGAAAGGACCUGAAUUUAUGGAACAAGAGCAUCAGUCAACGAUGGAGGAAACUGAGGAGGAGAUGCUCCGUCCAGGAGAGCUCGGAACCGCAGGAGGCUCUGAUACAAGGUGGAACGACCCAGGGGGUUAUUCAACCCGUAAGGUCCAGCCCGGCUAGCAGGGAGUCCUCGCCUGCCGCAAAGAGCCUACAGGACGGCAGCUCGCCCAAGAAAUUGUUGCAAACUAGUUCCCUCAGAUUACCAGGUACAACCAAGGGUAUAGCCGACAUCCAGCACGUUCUGCGAAGCAAGUUCAGCAAGAUAAACGCCGGUAUUCGGAAGAGGAAAGCUCUGAGCGUGACGGAGGUGUUCUCGCAAAAGGACAACGCGUCCAACUUCUACGUACCGAGCCCCCUCACCUCGUCGAGCAGUCAGAACUUCGAGGGAGACGGCUACGAUUCCAGCGAGCCGACCUCUCUUCCGCCCUACCCUUUCCACGACAAUCUCGAAACGCUGGCGGAGGGCAGCGUGCCGAACUCGCCCAAUUGCAGCAGCCCGUUGACCAACGCCGAUUCGAAAACGUUCACGUAUGCUCAAAGCGGUAGCGCGUACGACUCGCCGAUCCUCUGCCACGAUCAAAGCCAGAAGGACGCGUACGAGAACGUGUUGUACGCCAAUUCGUCGUCCCCCGGAGGAUGUUGCCCCAGAUCCAGAGCCGUGUUGCAGCGUAGCAACUCGGAGAAUCGGGACGGGUCAUCGUGCAGACAUCAGGAACACUCGUACGAGAACGUGCGUUUCCAACGUGGCCACAGGUCAGAGUUGACCCCCUCGGCCACGCCCCAUUCCGACAGACACUUGGCGAGAAGCAACUCGGAAACGAGGGACCAUCACUCGUACGAGAACGUCCACUUCCAGAAGAACUCGAAGCCCAGAAGCCAGACCGACGCAUCGUUCGAGGAGAUUCACAUACCGAGGGUGACGCCCAGAAAGAGGAUGACCGAUUUCAAAGUCGGUGGACAGGUGAACAAUUAUUCGAACGGGCCUGGAUCCCCGUGCGCGAACAAAGAAGACGGCCCGUCCAGUUUGGGGGCAGAGAGGAGCCCCGGCAAGAAGACGACCAGACGAAUGAACAGCAGAAGCGUUGCCAAUAUUCCUAGCUCCUCCGGUUCCAGUUUGAAGACUUGGCAAGGUACACAAGACACGGACGAAGGCCUGAAUACCGACUCCGAACUCGAAGACAUCGACGAGGCUGGCGAGGGCGAAGAGUCGAGAUUCUGCACCCUGCCGAGGCCAGGCAAGGGUGGCGCGUCAUUCACGAUACUGACGGCCAGAUUUCUAAAGGGUCCUGGGCACAAAGGACUCGGUUUCAGUAUCGUCGGCGGUACGGACAGUCCUCGAGGGAACAUGGGCAUUUACGUGAAAACGGUCUUCCCCAAUGGGCAGGCCGCGGAUCUUGGAACCGUCAAGGAAGGGGACGAAAUUUUGUCGAUAAAUUCGAAACCUCUUCACGGUAUGACGCACGCCGAGGCGAUCGCCGAGUUCAAGUCCGUGAAAGCCGGGGACGUGGUGCUGCACGUCGGACGUCGCGUCAACAGGAAGAAAAGGGACUCUCUCACGUUACCACCCGCCGGACCACCGCCUCGCCAACAAGUCAAGUGAAUCGUUGAUCUCCUUCUGUCGCGUUCCGCGCGAAAACCGAAGUUUUGAAUGGAUCGUACACUACGCAGACUUCUCCCGCAACUCUUAUUUUCGUUCAGAAUUGGACUGGUUAAUUCGGCGCAACAACGAAUCGAUUUCAAUUCUUUUUUUUACCAUGUGUUCGGGAUAACACAUUGCUUUUCGACAAUCGGAUAUAUAAUCGAAUACCAAUUUUCGUAUUCCACGAAUUGUAUUUAAUUUUUAGACAUCGUUUCGAAACAAUGUGAAUUGAGUGAAUUUCAGCUGCGUGCUUGAGCCGAACGCGACGAAAUAACUUGUUCAAAGUGAAUUGUAAAGGAACGUGAGAAUGUGAUCGAUGUUGCCGAAACGAGAGAAUUUAGAGAAACGAUUGUUUCCCACGAAAGUGUCGGCGAAAGUUUUGAAUAUUCUCGAAUUUUUCUCUUUUCCUUUGGCGAAGAUCAUAUCGUUCGAAUCGAAGAGGUCCGAACCUCUUGCUGCCUUCGAAGGAAAAUAGCCCAAAAAGAGCUAUGAAAAAAUAUUCGAAUUGAAAAAAAAAACGAUAUAAUAAUACAGAUAUAUAUAUAUUUAUAUCUAUCGAUAUAAAAUUUUUACUCGACUCUCAAUAACGAUCGAAAUAUUUAAUUAGCGUUAUCAAGCUGUUCACGGCUCUAGCUUUUGUAAUCUUUUCUCGUGUCCAAACUUUUUACGAAGAGGAUGUAUUUUUAUCGAAAUAUUUAGCGUCGGUGAUGAUGUUUAUUUUGAAAAGAAAAAAGGGGAAAAAAAAGAGAAAAAAAAAAAGAAAAAGAAGAAAAAGAAAAAGAAGGAAAACAUUCUCGAAUUCGCUCGAAUCGAAGCUGCGCGAACUGGGGAAGAAUCGAAGUCUUCCGGCUUACUUUAAAUAGCUAUCAGACUACGAUUUAUUUUUGUAUAAAUUGCGAGACAUCGUCACGCGAGAAAUCUUGAAAUCCGCUUAAAACAUCGGGCGCGAGUUGAUUUAUCGAGAAAUCGAUAAAUGGAGAAAAAAGGAGGACAGAUGUCUAGACGCAUCGGAAUGCUGCAAUUUCUGAAAUUGCCCGAAGGAACGCGCGUUUCAAGAAACAAGAUUUCUCCAACAUUUCACGUUGUCACGUUCGAGGGAAGGAUCGAAUUAUUUUUUUUAACUACCUUUGCAUAGAGAUAACGAUGAUCGCCCAAAGAUGAAGCCCAAAAAAUAUUUUUACUACGAGAUGAACGAGAAACGUAUAAAAAAAAAAAAAAA